AUGGGAAUGCGCGUAUCCGGGGUGAGCUCUAGGCCUCGUCAGGAGGUUUGCCCAAUUUUAUGCAACAACAAUCUGGGUUAUCCUCUAUGUGGUUGCACGGUUCAUACAGUCCGCGCCGGUACUCCAGAUUGGGCAGGAAUAUGUCUCGAAUUUUGCAGAACCCAAGGUAUGUCUUUGACUGGAUGUGCUUCAUGUGAAGAACUUGAGGCAUUGAACAACCAAACCAACGCCCAAUUAGAAACAUCGCCGCCGCUUGCUAGGAGUCAACAAAGAACAUAUUCGUCGCAGCGUGGUGCGGUAUUUUUUUCUAAAGCUGUAGCAGCAGCAAGUAACAAUCUCAAUGAUAAAACAAUUCAUUUUAAUGAUGCUGAUAUUGGCGGUACUGAUCCUGGGGACUGGGAAGAAUGGUGCAACCUGGUAUGUAAGACUGGUGAUGGGGGUGCGGCUUGCAACUGCGAUCUAGCGCCGCUGUAUUGAAAAUAAUCUGAAGCAGUGGGUACUUAACGGUAAAAUUUUUGGUAUUUUCGAUAUACAAUAUGUAAUUUUUUAAUAUUCCUAAUUCAAACACACUUCCAAGUAAAAUUAUUAA